AUAUGGUUGCCAUGAGAGCAGUACUUCCAAACCCAGGACCGGAUCUCCGGAUCCCAAACUAUGAAGAUCUGGAGAGGAUGGAGAAGGAGGAGUCCGGCGACAGGCCCAAGUGGGACAACAAAGCCCAGUACAUCCUAACCUGUGUGGGCUUCUGCAUCGGACUUGGGAACGUUUGGCGGUUCCCCUAUUUGUGUCAGAGUCAUGGAGGGGGUGCAUUUUUGGUUCCCUACUUGAUCCUGCUGGUGCUUGAAGGAAUGCCUCUCCUGCUGCUGGAGUUUGCCAUCGGCCAGCGUCUCAGGAAAGGCAGCGUUGGAGUUUGGAGGGCUAUUAGCCCCUAUUUGACUGGCAUCGGUGUAGGCUCCAUGUUGGUGUCAUUUUUGAUUGGACUGUACUACAACACCUUAAUAGCCUGGAUCAUGUGGUAUCUCUUUAAUUCCUUUCAAAGCCCGUUGCCUUGGACCCAGUGCCCCCUCAAUGACAAUGGGACAGGUUUCGUACAAGAAUGUCAUCAGAGUUCCACAGUGGAUUACUACUUUUAUAGGGUGACUCUGAAUAGCUCAGUCUCUAUAGCUGAUUCUGGAGGAAUCCACUGGCCCAUAGUAGUCUGCUUGCUAGCUGCCUGGUCAGUCAUCGCUGUCUGUUGCAUAAGGGGCAUCGGCACUUCAGGCAAGGCAGUGUACGUCACAGCCAUCCUGCCUUACAUCGUGCUGGCCAUCUUCCUGAUCCGAGGACUGACACUCAAAGGAGCCUUGAGUGGACUAAAGUUCCUCUUCAUACCUGAUGUGCAAGAGUUGAUUAAACCAACAACUUGGAUGGAUGCGGGUGCCCAGGUCUUUUAUUCCUUUGGUCUUGCCUGGGGAGGCCUUAUCUCUUUUUCAAGCUACAACCCUGUACACAACAACUGUUUGCGAGAUGCUGUAAUCCUUACGGUUGUAACUGGCCUCACUUCAAUCUAUGCUGCCACAGACUACACCAUCAUUGGCUUCAGGGCCACAGAGAAAUAUGACAGCUGUAUCAAUGAUAACAUCAUGAUGUUACUAAAUGCAUUUGAGCUUCCUGAAGACAGCAUCACUACCAGCAACUAUGAGGCAGCUUUUCAUCAUCUUAACAGCUCCAAUCCUGAUAUUGUUUUUGGAUUGGACAUCAAACCCUGUGACAUACAGAAACUUCUUAGUGAGGGAGUAGAGGGAACUGGCCUAGCCUUCAUUGUGUUUACAGAAGCCAUCACCAAGAUGCCUGGUUCUCCCAUCUGGUCUGUCCUCUUUUUCUCAAUGCUUUUCUGCUUGGGACUCUCAACACUGUUUGGCAACAUUGAAGGAGUGGUGGUCCCACUCAAAGAUCUGAACGUUUUCCCUAAAAAGUGGCCCCAUGAAGUACUAACAGGGGUAACAUGUGUUGUCUCCUUCAUCAUCUCCCUCCUGUUUGCACAGCAUUCAGGAAUAUAUUGGGUAACUCUGUUUGACAACUUUGCUGGAUCUGUUCCACUUUUGACUAUUGGACUCUUUGAGAUGAUAGCUGUUGUUUAUGUCUACGGCAUUGACAGGUUCAACGAUGACAUCGAGUUCAUGAUUGGCUAUAAGCCCUCCAUCUUCUGGCAGUUUUCAUGGAGAAUCAGCAGUCCUCUUGUUGUUCUGGUUAUUUUAGUUUUCUACUUGGUUACACAAGGCCAAAAGGAGCUCACCUAUUUAGUCUGGGAUCCCAACUCUGAUGAAUUCCCAUCACUGGCAUCGGUGUCAUACCCUGCAUGGAUCUAUGCGAUCAUCUUUCUUCUUGCAGGAAUACCAUGUCUGGUAGUUCCUGUAUAUGCUUUAUGUAGACUGGUUUAUAAUCUACAGAGAAAAAAGUAGUCACAUCUACUGAACUGUUAAAGCAGGCUUGUUUGGAUUUUUUUUAUUCAAAUAAAAAUUAAAGCACAA